CUCCAGAACCUCAACGGUAAGGAGAGGCAGUGGAGACCAAUCCUCUAAGAUGUUCAUUUGGACCAGUGGCCGGAGCUCCACAUCAUACAGGCAUGAUGAGAGAAGAAAUAUUUACCAAAAAAUCAGGGAUCAUGAUCUACUGGACAAAAGGAAAACAGUCACCGCUCUCAAAGCAGGAGAGGACCGGGCCAUACUGCUGGGACUGGCCAUGAUGGUGUGCUCCAUUAUGAUGUACUUCCUCCUGGGCAUCACACUGCUGAGGUCAUACAUGCAAAGCGUUUGGACAGAAGAGACCCAGUGCACGCUCCUCAACGCCUCCAUCACGGAAACCUUUAACUGCUCAUUCAGCUGUGGUCCGGAAUGCUGGAAAAACUCUCAGUACCCCUGCUUACAGGUCUAUGUCAAUGUUUCCUCUUCGGGGCAAAAGUACUUACUUUAUCACACAGAAGAGACCAUCAAAAUUAAUUCAGAGUGUUCUUAUAUACCCAAAUGUGGAAAGAACUUUGAAGAGUCUUUGUCCCUUGUGAAUGUCGUGAUGGAAAAUUUCAAGAAGUAUCAGCACUUUACCUGUUUCUAUGACCCAGAAGGCAUUCAAAAGAAUGUGUUGCUAACUAAACUUUACAGUUCCAAUGUGCUGUUCCACUCACUCUUUUGGCCAACAUGUAUGAUGAUAGGUGGACUUGUAAUUGUUGCCAUGGUCAAGUUGACCCAAUAUCUGUCUCUUCUUUGUGAAAGGAUCCAACGGAUCAACAGAUAGAAGCAAUCACUUGCUUCUAGGAUUUGACUUACAGCUGAAAUACUGUUGUUUUUUCCAUUCUUCACCAAAGAACCUUAAGUUUGUAAUGUUUCUGUUCUAAGUUCCUUAUAUUUUUAUGAAGUAGAGCAAUAACGAAAAAGGCUGUUCUAUAUGCAACUGUGAUGUUAUUAUUAUGCAGACGAUGAGAGAAGGGAUUACCGUUUGCAUUGGCCAUCUACAUGAUCUUGAUUUAUGCUGCAACUUAGUUAUUUUUCUUCUUCUCUUCUUCCUCCUCCUAUUCCUCCUUUUUCUACAGCCAAAACAGGGCUCAGUGUGAUCAUUUGCCAAGCCUUGUUAAUGAAUGGAUCAUCAUCUCAGCGCAAAUCUAUUUUGGAAGGUUCUCCUGCAUGGCCACAUGUCUUCAUGUGGACCAUUUAUGUUCCACUUAGGCACUGGGAAGGGGAAGAAAAGGUGCAGAAUGGAGUGGGGGGGAUGGUGAAAGGUAAGAACUCACAAUUUGUCUAUCUGAGGUGGAACUAAGAUGGAACAUUUGAUCCAGAAAUCUUUUGCAGGUAUAGAAUCUUACAAACACAGGGGGAAAUCCAAAGUCACACAUUGCUGUACACCCAGGCCCAAAUCUAGUGGAGCAUAAUCUCACUUAAGUUCCAUGAAAUUGAUAAGACAUUUUUGUAACGAAUUGUUUUAAUAGGACAUGAGCACAACUUGCCGCCUUUGAACUGUGGGAGGGUUCAAAAUUCUGGAUUAUGGCAAUAGCAAUUAUGUUGACCUCAUACUCAGGGUUAAGCUUUCCUUUCUGGCAUUUUACAUAUCUACUGAAAUGUUUAUUAAUUUGCAGUAUCUUUUACUCAUGGAUCAUUAUCUACCAAAGCUAUAGCCAAAAGAAAAAAAAAUCCAAGAUCUAUAAAAUUUGUCAACUACUUUUCAUUUUCUAUUCCAGCCUGAGCCCUGUUGGCAGAGAUGGGACCAGAAAACAUCUUGCAUUCAAGUUUAUUAUGCACAUUUUUCUUGUAUUUGCUACCAUAUCACUGUAAAGAAAAACUUAAAAGAA